AUGCGCCUCUCCCUCCAACACUGCUCCCCAACCGACAUCGACCAACUCACGCACUUCCCCUUCCGCCUCCUCGCCCGCCUCCCACCAGACCGACUCAUCAACCUCUUCUACGGACCAAGCACUCCCCAAGCCCACCUUGCCAGCAAACGAAACUUCACCUCCCGCUUCGCGGACCCCACCAUCGUCCUGCUGAAAGUCAUCGACCUCGACAGCCCCGCCGACUUCGAGGUCCGGGGCAUCGACGCCAGUACAGGCGAAUUCACUGGUGAGAUCAGGAAGGAAGCGCGAAUCCUGGCCAUCUCCCAAUGGAAGGUUGUGCCGAAGUACACACCUUUGACUCCGCCCUACGGAAAGGAGCUCAAUGAUGGUGGGAUGCUGAUCACGCCGGAGAUGAUGACGCAUCUCCCCACCGCGGCAGAGAAGGAUGAGUGCGCGGCGGUGCUCAACGUAUGGCUGGAGCGUAGGCGGCGGGAGCAGAAGGAGGCUCACUUGCAUCUAGCGCUGAUGGUCGUGGAUGCGGAUUUCCACAGAAUGGGACUGGGUUCCAUGAUGGCUGAUUGGGGAAACAGAGUCGCGGAUGCGCUCGGGGUGGCUUGUUGGCUGGAGGCGAGUGAUAUGGGAAAGGGCUUGUAUGAGAAGCAUGGGUAUGUGCAUAUGAAGGAGAAGAAGUGGAAGCUGGAAGGUGAUGGACUAGGGCACGGCCUCGCACAGUGGGUCAUGAGGCGGCCGCCGAAGCCGCUGCCGAUCGUUGAAGUACACAGUGACAGUAGGGACGACUCGGCAAAAGGGCAUGUCAAGGCUGUUGCGUCUGAGGCUGCAGGUUCUGGAGUUUGA